AUGUUCCGCCGUUGGUGUGGAGCCGACGGAGAAGAGAUGGGCUUUGUUGACCUCAGAGUUGAGGAUCAGACAAACAUAGACUCUGACCCGGGCACGGUCGGUCAGACGAAGUAUUCAACCGCUGUGACUCUAAACGGAGUGAAAAUGUGUGCGCUGGGAAAGAAAAACUCGGUGGUGUUUUGGCUCAUUCUGAGUUUGGCGCUGGUUCGACUCGGCGACUCUCUGCAGUGUUACUCGUGUCCGACUGGUUCGUCUCAAAAGUGUGAAGUGAAAGAAGAAUGCUCCGACGGCCUGGACAGCUGCCUCAAACUCAAACACAGAGAUCAAACCUUCUCGUCUUGUGUGAACUACGCUCUGUGUAACUUUGACGCCCUCUCGGUGAACUACCCUCUGCCUCAGUUCGACUUCUCGUGUUGUCAGUCCGACCUUUGCAACGGCCGCAGCCUCAUGGAGAAAAUGAAAGAUCUGUUUCUUGAUUCAUGGAGACAAAAAGAUGCACACACGUGA